AUGACGAGUCCACGUACAUUCCAUCCGGUUUCACUCCAAUUGAAGUUUCAAUUUGUUUGAGACCUCAUCGGUCUGGCCACUCUACUAUUCAUCAUACUCUACUAGUGUUUUCCCGCCUCUGUUCAGCCGCCCUGACACCGUACUCAGCCACAGCAAUUCGGCCGUGUCUGACUACGGAGUACGAAGUAGAAGGAUUAUGAUCGUCGCGACUCCAUGCAGAGAACAGUCACACCCACUACUCUCAGUGGGUCUAACGGAUAACAAUGUGGUAUUCGCAUAAAUCUUACGUUAGCGGUAUUCGACUGAUUCUUAUCAAACUAGCAGCCUAUUUGACACUCGCACGGUCGUUUCAAGCCCAUGGGCGAAAUCCAAAUAAAUUCCCUAUCCAAAGAUCGUCGACUGUCCUUCCCGCGGUUCAACCAAGGUACUGUCCGGUGACCUCCAAUGAGAACGGUAGGAUUCUGAUGGGUUCAUAUAUGGUUCCCACAACAGAACUUUUCAGCCAUGAAGGCUUCUGUGCCGCCGGGAUACCCGGGGUGAUUGGGUAUCAGCAAUACGAAUCGUGGGCCAGGUCUCCACCGGCACAGAGAUCUACGUUUUUAAUCCCGUAGGAUGAGCUAGGUUUGGGAUUGAAUGGGACCCGAAGCUGCCAAGCUCGAGAGAGCAAUGAUCGUCCAACAUGUCUUUGAAGGGUGGCAUUGUUCAGUUUUUAUCCGACAUCCACAGGACGGCCUACGGAGUACCGGAUAUCAUAUCAUAUCACAUCAUGGCAAUAUCCCUCUCAACUUUCUUUUGCUGAGGUCUCUGAGGUUUAUGCAUGACGUGCGAUCGCCUCAUCUUCUCUAUCACCCCGUGAUAGCAGGGUCAAGAGUAUCUGUAAUAGGAAAGUGAAGGCCAUUCGCACUCCAUGAUCGACUAUCAUUGGCCACUACAACGGAAUCUGAAACUCAGGAUAUCUCUCACACAGGGGUUGCUCAUACCAAUCCCAGUCAAACCCCGGCUUGCGGCAGUUAAACCAUACCUAGUUAAUUGUCAGUCCACCGGGCCUAGGUUGUGGGAAGCCAAUACCGGUCAGUAGGUCUAUCUCCUGUGGUGGUUGAUUCAUGGAAAUUCCAUGGCUCCACCAUUGACGACCGUCCAUUUUCUGAUUCAGGUACCAAGGUAAGCGAAGCUGAAUGUUUACAAGCCGGGAUCCACAGAAACCUUUCCCUGAUCAGUGACGCGAACCGAAGACCCUUCCCCCCUGGGUGGAUUCGUACCAAUAUCUCGGCUCGGCGAUGCUGUCAGGUCCCAUAGCAUGUAGUCUAUAA